AUACCAUAUAUUUUAUUACCAUAAUGUCUCAAGACUCGCUGGCUCGAGUCCCAAGCCCAACCCGAAUCAAGGCCGAGCACCACAUUGCCCUCGUCGAUCGCGCCGUUCCGUCGAGACAGAUAUCAUACACAAAUGGAUCCGUGAAUGCUGAACGCGAUGACAGUGACGACCCAACUCCUCCGACUCCCGGCGAGGCCGGCCUGUACAAGCGAUUGACCAAUAAUUCGACAUCCGUCCGACAAUCUGUUCGUCAGGAGUACAACAAGCAAAAGUACGCCAAGUAUGGACAAGGGCGAUAUCAUGUGGAGGAUGGAGCAGCAACGACAGACGGACGCACUCCGGAUGCUUCCAUGCCCGGUCAGGAAGCCUCUCCAGCACAGCGAGGAUACCUCGACAGAGCUCAGAGUAAAGCCAAGGGCUUGAUAGCACGCAAGAAGACGUUGGGCAAGGGAGACCUCAACGACACCAUCAUCGACGUUCUGUACGAGAACCAGCGGGGCAUGUUCUUCUUUGGCAUACCGAAAUACUCGAGCAACUCGUUACUCCCGGCCGAUCCCAAACCAUGGCAGAACGCACAAUUCCGAACCAGCGCCGUUGACAUUCGCAAUGCGCAGGUACCAGACCCUAGCUGGGAGUGGGCGUGGAAGAGCUGGUAUGUCGACAUGAGCCGGGAUGUGGAUGAAGAAGGGUGGGAGUACAGCUUUGCGUUUGUGGGCAAAGGAGCCACUACUUUUGCAUGGCACGGCAAUCAUCCCUGGUUCCACAGCUUCGUGCGAAGGAGAAGGUGGCUACGGAUGAGAAAGAGAAAGGACACAACACAUCGAACGACGGAAAGGUCGCAUGAGUUAACCGCGGACUACUUCACCAUUCAUCCCAAAACAUUGCGUCCGAAGUCGUUGAUGCUCGGGCAGAACGGAUCAAGCAUUCUGGUCCCGGUGCUUACCAAAGUUCAAGAUCAAGCACUUGACAUCGAGAAGAUGGAGAUCACUACGAUUGGAGACCUUUUCCUUGCAAUGAAGCGGUCGAGCGUGGAUAGAGAGAAGAUUUUGGCCGUGAGAAAGUUUACAGACGAAGGCGGCGACGAGCUGUAUUACCUCAGCGAACGGAUGGAGGAGAUCAUGGGAAUGUUGAUUUUCCAGUCUUCUCGGCGGCAACUACUGGGAGACUUGACCUCGCGACACGAACAAGUCCAUCAAGAGCAGAAAGAUCUGACGGCGCAUAACCACGAUGACGACGAGGCGAAGCAACAGGCUCAUGAACGGGCAUCGAGGCAUGCGGACAACUUGCUCAAGGCUGUGCAUGCAGCUGACGAGCAGGUCAAAAGGCUGGAAUACUGGUCGGACAUCAAGGAUAUCUCCGAUAAGCCUGAUGCAAGCAAUGAAAAAGACGGUCACCAUCAGCCGAGCUUCAAAAACAAGCAAAGCGCUUCUGAGGGCGCGCCGAAGCUUCACAAGAAGCCAGAGUCUUCGACUGGCGGCGUGCAGAAUGGUGACGAAACAACGUAUGAGACCGCACGUGAGGGUGCUUCCAAGCCAUCCAGCAAAAAGAGCAGCGUGUUCUACGAUUCAGAAUCCAAGACGAGCAAGAAGUCGAAAGGACGAGCAAGCACCUUUGGCGAUGAUCUGGAGCUCGAGCGCUAUACUACAGCACCCGAAACACCAGAAGAAGCCGAAGGCAAGCGGCAAAAGGGAAAAGGCCGAGCCAUGUCCUCUGGCUUGGACGGCGUUGAGGAGGAGCCAGAAGACGGACACGAAUACCAGGUCAGCCCGUCAAAGAGCACCCGCUUGGCAGGACGUAGUGUGCAGAUCGUGGAACCAGUCCCGGACUCGGCAGAUAGUGAUGAACACUACGAUGACGACAAGCACCACUUUGGCGACGACAGCGAUGUAGAGCGCUCGAAUGGUGCUGAUAUUGAUCGGAAUGAGACGAAGACGCCGGAUUCGGUGAGGCAAUUCAUGACGCAGAUGCGCAAGCCGAAGAACUGGAUCGACCAGGCUUUUGGCUGGCGGAAGCUCGGUCUCCUCGUUGGCUUUGUCGUGGGCGUCGAAGCUGCCUCCUUCUCAGUUGCGCUCCUUCCUUCCGUCCUCGCCUGCGGCUUCGCGACGUUCGGCAGGUUGCCUGUUUAUGAAGCGGAAGCUUGCAGCAGCGAAGGAUUGGCCAAUCUGCCCGGUCCGUUCGGUCUCGAAGUACAGAACCUACGCCUGACAGUGGCCAGAUGA